GACAGCUCUUUACCGAGCUCGAAGAAUUGGCGCGGAAUGGAAAUCUAGAACGCCCGCCGCCACCGCAGCGAGCGGUCCCGCGGCGUGACGCUUCCGAGUUGUCUGUGGAGGAGUUCAUCAACGCCUACGCCCGUCCUGGACUUCCCGUGAUCAUCACGGGGCUGAACAUCACUGAGGAGGAGCCCUGGUCUCUGGAGUUCUUCAAAGGUCGCUGCACGAA